GCCACCGCCUCACCGCUGCCUUCCCCGCAGACCGAGAUCAUGCGGAACGAGUUCGAGCGCCUGGCGGCCCGGCAGCCUCUGGAGCUGCUCAGCAUGAAGAGGUACGAACUGCCGGCCCCGUCUUCCGGCCAGAAGAACGAUAUCACGGCGUGGCAGGAGUGUGUGAACAACUCCAUGGCGCAGCUGGAGCACCAGGCAGUCCGUAUCGAGAACCUGGAAUUAAUGUCGCAACACGGCUGUAAUGCUUGGAAGGUGUACAACGAACAUCUGGUUCAUAUGAUAGAACAAGCCCAGAAAGAGCUUCAGAAGUUGAGGAAAAAUAUUCAAGAUCUCAACUGGCAGCGAAAGAACAUGCAGCUCACAGCAGGGGCUAAGCUCCGAGAAAUGGAAUCUACAUGGGUCUCUCUUGUCAGUAAAAAUUAUGAGAUUGAACGAACUAUUGUGCAGCUAGAAAAUGAAAUAUCCCAAAUCAAACAGCAGCAUGGGGAAGCAAACAAGGAGAAUAUCCAGCAAGACUUCCAGUGACUUAAUCUGUCUU